AUGCGCCUCUUAGAAAGCUGCCCUGCAAUCAAGCAGCAUCUAGAUGCGGGGAAGGUUCAGGCCCGCGGAGAUCCUGAACACAGUGUUGGGAAUAUUUCUUUUGCCAAAGCUUGGAGAUACGAGAUCGAUUUGAAAUACUCCGCACGGGGGCUUCCGUGGGAUUUAUGGGCUUCCGUGAGAUAG